AUGAGCGCGGAUCUGGACCGCGUGUCUGUGGAUUCGCGCGCUUCCUCCUCCACCGCCUCCUUGGGCUCGGCCACGGGGGCGUCGGCGGUCGGUGGGCAGCCGGCGGUGGGCCCCGCGGCCGCCGGGGCAGGGAUCCGGCUGCUGUCGUCCAACGUGCGGAAGCUGCACGGGGCGCUCAACCUGCUGCUGAGCGAAGGCGAGCGGGAGCAGUUCAUCCACUGCCUGAACGUCUACCACUGCCGGCGCAACGUCUUCGACCUGGUGCAGACCCUCAAGGUCCUCCUCGACGGCCCCGAGAAAAGGCAGCUCCUGCCCAUGCUCCGCCUGGUCAUCCCCCGCUCCGACCAACUCCUCUUCGACCAGUACACCUCCGAGGGGCUCUACCUCAAGGCCGACUUCUUGCCCGCUCACGCCAACGGGGGCCUCGACGGCGCCGCCUCUCCCAGGGCCCUGGCCUCCGUCGGGGCGGCCGCCCCUUCCCCGGCCGUCUCUCCGGCGCCGGCUGCCCAGUUCUGGCCUCCCCCGGCGGUCGCUCGGAAGCCGUCGCCGGAUUUCAGCACCAUCCUGGACGGGACAGCUCCCCUGGCGGCUCCCGGCUUGGAGGAGCUGCGCGGGGAGGUCAGGCAGGUGACCCUCAAGAGGAAUAAAGCCCAGGAGGGCUUGGGGUUUAGUAUCCGAGGCGGCUCCGAGCACGGCGUGGGCAUCUACGUCUCCCUGGUGGAGCCCGGGUCCCUGGCCGAGAAGGAGGGCCUCCGGGUGGGCGACCAGAUCUUAAAAGUCAACGACAAGCCGCUGGACAAAGUGACCCAUGCCGAAGCGGUCAAGGCACUGAAAGGGUCCAAGAAGCUGAAUCUUUCAGUUCACUCGGUCGGACGCAUCCCUGGCGGUUACGUCACCAAUCACAUCUACACGUGGGUGGAUCCCCAGGGCCGGAGUGUUUCCCCGCCUGUAGGCCUGCCCCAGCACCAGAGCAGUACCCUACGCAAGGAUGCCGAUAAGAGGAGCCACCUCCAACUGCUGCAAGAAGGCGAUGAGAAGAAGGUGAACUUGGUGCUGAACGAAGGGCGGUCUCUGGGUCUCAUGAUCCGUGGAGGAGCUGAAUAUGCCCUUGGAAUUUACAUCACAGGCGUGGACAAAGGCUCCGAAGCAGAAAGCACCGGCUUGAAGGUCGGGGAUCAGAUCUUGGAGGUGAACGGCAGAAGCUUCCUGAGUAUCCCCCAUGAUGAAGCGGUGAAGAUCCUCAAGUCCUCGCGUCACCUCAUCAUGACAGUCAAAGAUGUUGGGAGGCUGCCUCAUGCUCGGACAACGGUGGAUGAGACCAAGUGGAUCGCCAGUUCUCAGAUAGGAGAGACCAUUGUCAACCCAGCUGGGGCUGUUGGAGACCACAUAGCAGAGGUGAACACAAAGCCGUCUUUCUACAGGGGUCUGGCAGGGUCCCAGGUAACCCUGAGCAGCCUGGUGAACCAGAGCCGGGUCAUGUUGGAGGAGCAUGCACGCCAUCUACUGAAUGAGCCAGAAAGAGCCACGAUGGGCUACUACCUGGAUGAGUACAAGGAGAACAACAUCCCGGUGGACGCCCUUGUCAUGGCCCUCUUUGAACUGCUCAACACUCAUGCCAAGUUCUCCCUCUUGUCAGAGGUCAGGGGCAUCAUAUCUCCUCAGGACCUCGACCGCUUUGACAACCUGGUCUUGAAGAGGGAGAUUGAAUUCAUGAAGGCCCGGCAGCCCUCGGGGACGGGGACCGGCACAGACUCCUACUCCAUCAUGUCCUACAGCGAUACCGUCUCUUCUACCGGGAGUCACUUCACCUCCACCACCGUCAGUUCAGCUCGGGAGCGACUCCUGUGGCUGAUAGACCUCAUGGAGAAUACGUCGGACUUGGAAGUGAGUGGAAACGGAUGCCAGAGCAGCAUCAAUGCUCUGCCGGAUAUCUCCCUGGAUGACGUCUCUUCUUUCCCCGAGGAGCCUCCGGCUUUCAAGCCUCCACCACCCAGUCCUUCUCAAACAGCAGACUCCUCCUCUUCCCAGAGCAGAAACACAGCGAAAGACACCCUCACAAGGCCUUCUUCUGAAUCUUCCCAAUCCGGCCUGUUCUUUGUGGCGCCCAGGAUCCCCACAGCAUCUCCAAGCCUCUCCGAGAGAGACACCAGCAGCAUCACCUCUAUAGCCACCUCCUCCACAGAGGAUUCUUCCCCCAGCAGCAUCUACGCCUCUGUCUCCAGAAGGUCCAUGGAUGCCCACUUGUCAUUGGUCAACCAGCAACCAAUAGGGCCUUUCCCCAGGGUCCAGUCACCAACCCGAUUGAAGACUCCUUCCCCGGAGGCUACUCUGGCCAGCAGCCUCCCAAGCCCCAAAGCACCAUCCCCUUCUUCUCCUCCUCCUCCUCCUCCACCAUCUCACCCGGCUCCUCCUCCUCCCAAUGAAAAGGGCGGCCUGGAGUCCAGCACCACCCAGCAUUUCAUCAUGGUAGAAGUCCAUCGGCCCAACGGUGAGCCAGAUGUCAAUGAAGUGAGGUCUUUGCCCCAAGCUAGAGUCUCCACUCUCUCCCAGCUCUCUGACAGUGGGCAGACCCUCAGUGAAGACAGCGGCGUGGACAUCGGGGACGCAGAGCUGAGCACCAAAGACAGGAGCCGGCUGCAAGGUCCCCUCAAGGGCAGAAGCCCCCAGGAAGUGCUGAGGAGCGACGGGCUGGCCGAACCACUCCCCAAACCGCCAGGCCUCCUGGAGCCAACAUCCCAUCUGAUCCGGGUGACAAAGACCGCACCAACCCUCGGCAUCGCCAUUGAGGGGGGAGCCAACACUCGACAGCCCCUGCCUCGAAUAGUGACCAUACAGCGAGGAGGUUCCGCCCACAACUGCGGGAAGCUGAAGGUGGGCCACGUGAUCCUGGAGGUGAACAGCGUGCCCCUACGGGGGAAAGAGCACCGCGAGGCGGCCCGCAUCAUCGCCGAGGCCUUUAAGUCGAAGGAGAAGGACUAUGUUGAUUUCCUGGUCACCGAAUUCAACGUCGCUCUUUAGGAACAGGACAGCGAGAGGCUCUGAAGCCGAGAGAGCGUGAGAAAUGGGGUUUUGAGAGGGCUCUGACACACUGCGCAAGCACACGCGCACAGUCACGACACCUGGAUGACUCCCACACCAAGUCCAACAGCACACGAAUGGACGCCGCCAGCACAAGCCAUGCGUGGAUUUCCAGUGAGACAGGUUUGGGGUUGGGGUU